CGACGCCACCAGAGAGACAACUCGACUGAGGAGCAAAACUAAAAGCCAUUGAAAAUGUUGAGCCUGCAUGGAUUCCAGCCUUCCCUCAGCUCAUUCAUGGGAAUGGACUGGCCAAUGCGCAGUCUCUGGCCGGAGAUCACAUCUCUUUACAGACACGGAGAGGAACUGCAGGAGCUGAAGAGAAGCCUGGAGCAGCUGGGGAAAUUUCAGGAUAAGUUCCUUGAGGAGAUCCAACUGAUGCCACCCGCACAGGAGAUCUACCCAGUGGCCUGCACAAUGGAGAAAGAAGGAAGCGGCUUUGCUUUGACGCUGGACACUAAAGACUUUUCCCCAGAAGAACUGUCAGUCAGACAGGUGGGCAGGAAGCUGCAUGUCAGCGGAAAGAGUGAGAAGAAGCAGGAGGAUGGGAAGGGCUCGUACUCUUUCAGAACCCAAGAGUUCAGGCGGGUGUUUGAUCUUCCUCAAGGAGUGAAUCCUGAGGCGGUGACCUGCUCCAUGGCUGAUGGAAAGCUCUAUAUACAGGCACCAGUAAAUCAGCCGUCAGAUGCCGCUGAGAGGAUGCUGCCCAUUGACUGUCAAACUGUGAAGACAACGCAGCCAGAGACAGCCGACACCAGCACCACCCAGACGACACUCAACAAUCCUGAAAGCACUGAGCACAGAGUACAACCCUCUGCUGGACAAUCUUAAAUAAUGAUGUUUUGUUUUAUUUAAAAACAUUGUGUUGUACUUAAUUGUUUUCUAGUCUUUAAGUAAUACAAAUGAACAAAAAGAUGGAUUUUUUAUAUUGAAUAUAUACAUGGAAUUAAAUAAAAUAAGAACAGCAAAAAAUGACAUUUUCCAUUUUUUUU